CAAGGAGGAAAAUUAGCUUUUUGAAGAGAAAGUAAUUCCUUGUCGCAGGCACUGGCCUCCUACUCUGGAGGGGAAUAGAUGAGCUAUUGGGCCCAGGUGAUCGGAACCAAGGCCACUUUUGUGGUAGCAUUGUGAUUAGCAACAUGCCUCCUCCCCGAACAAGGGAGGGCAGGGAUCACCGAGACCACCACCGGGCUCCCCGUGAGGAGGAGACCCUGGAGAAAUGGGACUGGAAUUGUCCAGAGACGCGUCGCCUCUUGGAAGAUGCCUUCUUCCAUGAAGAGGGUUGUAUCCGUCAGGGUUCUGAGGAGUGCCAGAAGUUUUGGACCUUCUUUGAACGCCUGCAGAGAUUCCAGAAUCUCAAGACCUCCAGGAAGGAGGAGAAAGACCCCGGGCAUCCCAAGCACAGUAUCCCGGCCCUGGCCGACCUGCCUCACGCUUACGACCCUCGGUACCGCAUCAACCUCUCUGUCCUCGGCCCCGACCCGCGGGGCUGUCGGGGGCCAGGCAGGCGCCUGCCCCCAGAGAGAGUGUCUGAGUUCCGCCGCGCCCUGUUACACUACCUGGACUUUGGGCAGAAGCAGGCGUUUGGGCGGCUGGCCAAACUGCAGCGUGAGCGGGCAGCACUUCCCAUCGCUCAGUACGGGACCCGCAUCCUGAAGACGCUCAAGGAGCAUCAGGUGGUGGUGGUGGCUGGUGACACGGGCUGUGGCAAGUCCACUCAGGUGCCCCAGUACCUGCUGGCUGCCGGCUUCAGUCACGUGGCAUGCACCCAGCCCCGGCGAAUCGCUUGCAUCUCACUGGCCAAGCGUGUUGGCUUUGAGAGCCUCAGUCAGUACGGCUCGCAGGUCGGCUACCAGAUCCGCUUUGAGAGCACGCGUUCGGCAGCCACCAAGAUCGUGUUCCUGACAGUCGGGCUGCUUCUGCGGCAAAUCCAGCGGGAGCCCAGCCUGCCCCAGUACGAGGUCCUGAUCGUGGAUGAAGUCCAUGAGCGGCACCUCCACAACGACUUCCUGCUGGGUGUCCUCCGGCGCCUGCUGCCCAAGCGGCCGGACCUCAAGGUCAUCCUCAUGUCAGCCACCAUCAACAUCUCGCUCUUCUCCAGCUACUUCGGCAGUGCCCCUGUGGUGCAGGUUCCUGGCAGGCUCUUCCCCAUCACGGUCGUGUACCAGCCGCACGAGGCAGAGCCCACUACAUCCAAGUCAGAGAAGCUGGACCCUCGGCCUUUCCUGAGGGUGUUGGAGGCCAUUGACAAUAAGUACCCCCCUGAGGAGCGGGGUGACCUUCUCGUCUUCCUCAGCGGCAUGGCGGAGAUCAGUGCCGUGCUCGAGGCCGCCCAGACCUACGCCAGCCACACCCGGCGCUGGGUGGUGCUCCCGCUGCACAGUGCCCUCUCUGUGGCUGACCAGGACAAGGUAUUUGAUGUGGCCCCCCCUGGAGUUAGGAAAUGCAUCCUUUCCACCAACAUCGCUGAAACGUCGGUCACCAUUGAUGGGAUCCGCUUCGUAGUAGAUUCCGGGAAGGUGAAGGAGAUGAGCUACGACCCGCAGGCCAAGCUUCAGCGGCUGCAGGAGUUCUGGAUCAGCCAGGCCAGCGCCGAGCAGCGGAAGGGCCGGGCAGGCCGCACGGGCCCCGGGGUCUGCUUCCGCCUCUACGCGGAAUCGGACUAUGAUGCCUUCGCCCCCUACCCUGUCCCGGAAAUUCGACGGGUGGCCCUGGACGCCUUGGUGCUGCAGAUGAAGAGCAUGAGCGUGGGGGACCCCCGAACCUUCCCUUUCAUUGAGCCCCCGCCACCAGCCAGCCUGGAAACUGCCAUCUUCUACCUCCAGGACCAGGGGGCCCUGGACAGCUCAGAGGCCCUCACUCCCAUCGGGUCCCUGCUGGCCCAGCUGCCUGUGGACGUCGUGAUUGGGAAGAUGCUGAUCCUGGGGUCCAUGUUCAACCUGGAGGAGCCCGUGCUCACCAUCGCGGCCGCCCUCAGCGUCCAGUCGCCCUUCACCCGCAGCGCCCAGAGCAGCCCGGAGUGUGCGGCAGCACGGCGGCCCCUGGAGAGCGACCAGGGUGACCCCUUCACGCUCUUCAAUGUCUUCAAUACCUGGGUGCAGGUAAAAUCUGAACGGAGCAGAAACUCACGCAAGUGGUGCCGCCGCCGGGGCAUAGAGGAGCAUCGGCUUUAUGAGAUGGCCAACCUGCGGCGUCAGUUCAAGGACCUAUUGGAGGACCACGGGCUGCUGGCCAGGGCCCAGGCCACGAAGGCGGAGGACAGCUACAGUCGGCUGCAGCAGCGCCGCGAGCGCCGGGCCCUGUACCGGCUGAAGCGCCAGCACGAGGAGGGCGGGGGCCGCAGGCGCAAGGUGCUGCGGCUGCAGGAGGAGCAGGCGGGCUGCUCCAGCGACGAGGACCGGGCCGGCCCAGCCUCCCAGGGCUCUGCUGACAGCGUGGACAUCCAGGAUGUGAAGUUCAAGCUCCGGCACGACCUGGAGCAGCUGCAGGCGGCGGCCAGCUCGGCCCAGGACCUGACGUGCGAUCAGCUGGCCCUGCUCAAGCUGGUGCUGGCCCGGGGCCUUUACCCGCAGCUGGCCAUCCCGGAUGUGUUCAACAGCGGCCGCAAAGACUCCGACCAGAUCUUCCACACCCGGGCCAAGCAGGGCACUGUGCUGCACCCCACCUGCGUCUUCGCCAGCAGCCCCGAGGUGCUGCACACACGGGAGCAGGAGGCCGGGGGCUGCGAAGGGAGCCGAGAGGACAAGGACAAGAUGAGCAGCAAGCACCAGCUCCUCACCUUCGUCUCCCUGCUGGAGACCAACAAGCCGUACCUGGUGAACUGCGUCCGCGUCCCCGCCCUCCAGUCCCUCUUGCUGUUUAGCCGGUCCCUGGACACCAAUGGUGACUGCUCCCGCUUGGUGGCCGACGGCUGGCUAGAGCUGCAGCUGGCAGAUGCCGAGAGCGCCGUGCGGCUCCUGGCAGCUUCCCUGCAGCUCCGCGCGCGCUGGGAAGGUGCCCUGGACCGGCAGCUGGCUCAGCAGGCCGGGCCGCGGCCACAGGAGGAGGAAGAGGAGGCUCUGCCGACCAGUCCCAAGGAGGUGGCAGCCCUGAGCAGGGACCUGCUGCAGUUCAUGGCAUCCAAGGUUCCCUACAGUCUUCGGCGGCUCACGGGGCUGGAAACCCAGAACCUUUAUGUGGGACCCCAGACCAUCACAGCUGCCCCCAAUCUCCCCGGGCUCUUUGGCAGCUCCACCCUAUCCCCCCACCCCACCAAGGGGGGCUAUGCAGUCACUGACUUCCUCACCUACAACUGCCUCACGAGCGACGCGGACCUGUACAGCGACUGUCUGCGCACCUUCUGGACCUGCCCCCACUGCGGCCUGCACAUGCCCUUCACGCCCCUGGAGCGCAUCGCCCACGAGAACACCUGCCCCGAGGCACCGCAGGACGGCCCCCCAGGGGCUGAGGAAGCCGCCGCCGAGCCCCUGCAGAAGGCGUCUGCCCUGCAGCGGCCCUACUGCUGCGAGGACUGCCAGAAGGACUUUCUUUUCACACCCACGGAGGUGCUGCGGCACCGGAAGCAGCAUUUGUGAGCUGGGCUGGAAGCCCUGCCAGGGGCAGGGGGCGCCUGCCCACAUCCUGUGUGUCCCCCAGCUCAGGACCAGGUCUGGGACUCCUGCCCGAACUCCCGGCCUGGGCUCAGCCCCGUGGUCCAGUCCUGGCCCAGAGGGAGAGAGGGUGUGUGUGCCAAUAGAGCCUGCGUCCCGACUCUGACUUCAGGCCUGCUCCUGCCUGCUCCGAAUGCAGCAGCUGCCCUCCGUCAGUCCUCCCUGGGGUCUGGCUCCAUCCCUCCUGCAGUGUGCCGGCUGAGGGAGCCUGGGAGUUAGAGCCGAGCAGGGACUUCCCACCGAUUGCAGGUGCAGGAUCUUGCCGCGCCUCGGCAGCUGCCCUCUCCUGAGUCUGUCCUCACAGCCUCUGCGUCCCCUUGAACUACGGAGCCCAGAGUUUGAGGUGGC